AAAAGAAAGUAGGUAGGUUUAAAAGGUCAGGUCUUUCGAAAAUUGACAAAAGAAUUGUAAUUAAAUUAAUUAAUUAAGAAAACUAAGAAAUUAACAUUUUUCCAAAAAAAUAAAUAAAUGAGCCUUUAGAAAACUGUUUUAUCCCUCAUUUUGGUUGCUUUGAGUGUUUCUGUACUUUUAUUCGUUGUUCAAAAGAGUACUAACAUUUAAAGAGAACUUAAGCAAUACUAAUCAUUCUCAGAAUACCUUCCUACCAACUAAUAAUGCCUUUCUGAUUAGAAAUUAUGUGGUGAUAGUGCUUGGGAUACAUCUUUGCCUUGCUGUGCAGGAUUAGUAUGCAAAAGAAUUCAAUGGGAUACUUAUUGCGUUUCUUCUUCAGUAGAUAAUUGA